GAAAGGGUUUGUGGCAGUUUGUUUUCACCCCCAUCCAGCGGUGAGCCGCUACACUGAGCUGACGCGGAGUCAAUGGGUUCUCACACCUUUUUCAUUGAUCUCCCGGCGCGUGUGUUGGAACUUCAGAUGUGCGAGUGAGUGACAGCCGGCACACUCCGGCAGAACCUCCCAGGCACACCCACAAGAAGUGAAGAAAGAAGGGGCGCUGGAAGUUCACCGGAAGAGUGUCAGCAUGGUGCUGAUGGUGGUGACGGCAAGUUGGAGGCGGCCGACCAGUAACACCGGAUAGUUGUAUUCAUCACUUCAGAGGAAGAGGAGGAGGAUGGGCGUGUGCGUAAGGCGGUGCUGCUGCUGCUCAUCUUCUUCAUCCAUGUAAAGUUGAAAGUCGAGCCGCAGGAGAAGAAGAAGAAGAAGAAGAAGCGGGUGGGAGUCUCCGCCCGGAGGCAGAAGACGAGACAAGGAGGAGGGUGAGGAUGAGGAGGCACCGCGGCCGCUCGGUGCUCGUUGUGGGCGUCUGACCAGGCGAAGGCCACUGUUCAACUUCUCUGCUGUGAGGUAGAGCAGCCCCGCCCUGCCUGGGAGGAAGUGACAGACGAACGGAUAGACUGCCCCCCCCCCCCCCCGUGAAGUGUUCUCCCUUUCAUGGAUGCCAGGGUGGCCCUGCUGCACCUCUGGGCAGUCCUUGUCCUCCUGACAGCUGAGCUGACGUGGAUUGAUGCUGCAGAGGUCUACACCAACGCUUGGGCUGUCCAGAUCGUUGCCGGGCCAGAGGAGGCCGACCGCAUCGCCAGGGAACAUGGUUUCACCAAUCUCGGCAAUGUUUUUGGAGAUUAUUAUCACUUCAGGCAUCAUGCCGUGGAGAAGAGGGCUUUGUCCGGCCACAGGGGGAUGCACAUCAGACUGCAGAAAGAACCCCAGGUCCUGUGGAUGGAGCAGCAAGUGGUGAAGAAAAGGAAGAGGAGGGAAGUGUUUGAAGACCCAACAGAUCCUGAUUUCCCCAAGCAGUGGUACCUGACCACCCCAUCGCAUCAAGACCUGAAUACCAAAGUGGCCUGGGCUCAGGGCUACACAGGAAGAGGCGUUGUGGUGACUAUCCUGGACGACGGCAUUGAGAAAGACCAUCCUGAUCUCAUCAAUAAUUAUGACCCUGAGGCCAGCUAUGAUGUGAACGAUGGAGACGCUGAUCCCCAACCAAGAUACACGCAGCGAAAUGAGAACAGACACGGGACCCGAUGUGCAGGAGAAGUCGCGGCUUCAGCAAACAACGGUGUGUGUGGUGUGGGCGUGGCUUAUAAUGCUAAAAUUGGAGGAGUUCGGAUGCUGGAUGGGGAGGUGACAGACAUGGUAGAGGCUCAUUCCCUUAGCCUCAAUCCACAGCACAUCCACAUCUACAGCGCCAGCUGGGGCCCGGAAGACGAUGGCAAGUCGCUGGACGGCCCUGCCAAGCUGGCGAAGGAGGCUUUUCUCCAGGGAAUCACCAAGGGACGCGGCGGACUGGGCUCCAUCUUCGUGUGGGCCUCUGGUAACGGUGGCCGCGAGCAGGACAGCUGCAACUGCGACGGCUACACAAACAGCAUUUACACCCUGUCCAUCAGCAGCACCACGCAGGCCGGCAACGUGCCAUGGUACAGCGAACCCUGCUCCUCCACGCUCGCCUCCACCUUCAGCUCCGGAAACCCAGGGGAGAAACAGAUAGUGACCACGGACCUCAGGCAGAAAUGCACAGACUCUCACACGGGGACGUCUGCCUCCGCCCCACUGGCUGCUGGGAUCAUCGCUCUGGCUCUGGAGGCCAACAUGAACCUGACCUGGAGGGACAUGCAGCACCUGGUGGUGAGGACGUCCCGGCCCGGACACCUCAGCGCCGGAGACUGGAAGACCAACGGAGUGGGACGCAGAGUGAGUCAUUCGUACGGUUACGGGCUCCUGGAUGCUGGUGUUAUGGUUUCUUUGGCACAGAACUGGUCGACACUGGGGCCACAGAACCAGUGUGUUCUCACCAUGCUCACAGAGCCGAGAGACAUCGGAAACAAGCUGGUGUUCAGCAAGAGCGUGGAUGCCUGCUGGGGACGGCCCGAGUACGUCAGCUCUCUGGAACACGCUCAGGCUCGACUCACUCUCUCCCACAACCAGAGGGGAAAAUUGGCAAUUCAUCUCAUCAGCCCACUGGGCACACGCUCCACCCUGCUGUUCCCAAGGCCAAACGACUUCUCCUCAGAGGGAUUCAACGACUGGGCCUUCAUGACCACCCACUCGUGGGACGAGGAUCCUCAAGGGGAAUGGACCCUGGAAAUUGAAAAUGUGGCGGCUAACGGACGCGACUAUGGUGUGCUGACUCAGUUCACCCUCCUCCUGUGGGGCACUGGCCCGAGUGUGGUCAACCCCUCGUCGUCCGAUUUCCCUCGACCGUCCAACAACAGCUGCAAGACCUUCGACGCCCAGCAGAUCUGCAUCGAGUGCAGCCCCGGCUUCUCCCUCUUCCUCCAGGGUUGUGUGAAGUUGUGUCCGCCGGGCUUCACGUCGGGGCCGCAGCUGCUCAACCUCUCCCUGGAGAACUGGGUGGACUUGUCCUCCAUCCAGGCCUGUCUCCCCUGCAACCCCGCCUGCCUCACCUGCUCCGGCCCCGGCCCCACAGACUGCCUGUCCUGCCCGCCUCACAACCACCUGGUCCUCACCUCCUGCCUGCACCAGAACCAGGUCCAGCGUAAGUCCCCUGCAGCCGGGGGACUCCAGGGAGACGGAGCCCAGCCGCACGAGGAGAUCCCGUCCGCUGUGGACAACAACGGCCGAGAGGGCGAGGAACCCCCGGGGCUCAGCGUCACUCCGUCCACCCAGCUGCCCGCCGUCGUGGCCGUGCUCAGCUGUGCCUUCAUCCUGGCUGCCUUCGGAGGGGUCUUCCUCCUGCUGCAGAUGCGCUCGGGUGGCACCGCGCUGGGCUGGAGGACCAAACUGCCCUCUCUGUUUUCAGAGCGGAGGGGGGUGCGGGUGGGCUUAGGUUUUGGCUUCGGCCAAGGACGGCAGAGGAAGACGCGAAUAUGUUACAAGGGGAUCCCCACUGUGUGGGGGGAUGAGGACAUGAUCGCCUACGAGUCUGAAUCAGACGGCGAGGAAGUGGACAGGAACGGCGAGAGGACACAUUUCAUCAAGACGCAGAGCUCCAUCUAAAUGAGCCUGCGUCUGCUGGCAUGGGGACAGCUCCAUGUGCCGGUGUGACGAGGCGAAACAAGAGGGACAAUCCCACAGACGCUACAUCCACACUACUACGGUUUUAUUUGACACGUCAACACCCGGCGCCUCAAAACUGCUCUGGAGUUUUAGAGCCGAUAAAACUGAGAAGUUAGGAAACGCUGCCAUCACCGUUUUAGUUUGAAAACUACGUGGCUGUGUUUUAGUCUGGACGGGCAGAAGCAGAGCUGACGUAGACCCUCACCGCCGCUUGCUGAUUGGAUAUUUUCUGUCACAACGUAGCCUUGGCUGAUUCGUCGGGCUCCUGUUGUUUUCAGUUAAAUUCUACAUUUCCCCGCUUGUAUGUGUAGGAGACGAGCUAUAGUUCCAUCAUUCUGCGACGAUGCCCGUGUCCAGAGGGGCACGUACGCCUUCCUGUUUCCACCAACACCAGCACCCCCGAUGAGGGCGAGUGGUCACAUAAUCUGCGUUUGCAGGCACGUUGGUAUGGACGGCGAUUCAAAUUGACAUGAAGCUAAAACCCUCGAUUAAACAGAUCCUUUUAGUUUGAAAAGUUGUUUUCAAACAAACAAAAACGUAGUAGUAUGGAUGUAGCCAGACAAAAACAAAACACAGGCCUUACUGUUCCAUCAGCGCCUCACCCACUCUCAUCCAAAUCCACUGAGGAGUCAAACAUCUGGAUUUCAUGUAUUUAUUUACAUGUAUUAAUUUAUCUCAUUAAUGUUCUGAUUCCAGAUGUAUUUAUUAUAAUGCAUUUGAGAAAACUUGUUUUGUCCAGUUUAUCAAAGUGGUUUAGUGUUGUAGUUCCUUUACUUCAACUUGGAGGCUUGCAAUAAACAAAAGGUCAAAGCAGCAGCAGCGCUAUACUGAUAUCCAACACUACAUUUCCCAUAAUGCAUCUGAAUAGCAUUGUUCGAUUCUGCCCUGUCUGGUAAAUUCCCAUUUAAGUCGACUCUCCAAAAUCACAAAGCCAGAGCCAACAAAAACCGCAGUGACAUUAAGAGUGAAUGUGACAGACUCCAGGUCCUCACAGAUCCAAUAAUCUGUCUUUGUUCCUGUUUUUUUUGUAUCAGACACUUGACAGAUUUCUUUGGGCCCGAGGUUGUGAUGUUGACAAGUUGUUAUUAAUCGGAGGAAAGCUUCUUCAUCCUGCAGCUGUUUGAUGAGCCGCAAACUGUGGAGGAUGUUCUGCUUUCAAUCAGGCCACAGUGGAAACUGCCAUAAAAGCACAGACACAUCAGAUAAAACAUCAUAUUGACUUAUCACAGCGUUCUGCUGUUAUUUGAGGGAAGCAAAAAAAAUAAAUAAAAAAAUCUCUCGCUGACCUUUACAGCAUUUUUCUUCCCGGAGCAGGUAUUGAUCUUCGGGGCUUCUCUGCCAGAACGUCUUCAUCAGGGUAAAGCUUGUUUCCCCCUUUUUCUAUUGUGAGCUCCGUUCAGUGACAGACGAACACACGCUUCAUCUUCUCCAUUUAUAACAAACUGAAUCAAAAAGAAUCGAAUGUGAUUUAAAGUGAUUUCAAAAGAAGAAAAAAAAUACUGAUCUUGUAUUUGCAUUUUCUAUGUUUGUUUUAUAUCCUUUUUAUUUAACUGACGAUGGAUGUGAAUAUUGUGGAGAUUCAGUUUCAAGCUGGAAUAAAAAA